AUGGAGAUGACCAUUUAUGGGGAUUAUGAUAAGUUUAGAGGCCUAUAUAAACAAGACGGAAAAUGGGUGGAAAUCUUUCGGGCAACUAACACUCGAUUCAAUCUAACUGCUACACUCUAUACGCAAGUCCACAUCAUCGAUCGUCUGAACAAUCGGAUUUUCGUGGACUUCAAGAACAUCCAUGCAAUCCCUUACAUGGACCACAUGGACCAAAACUAUCCCAUAGUGAUCUUCAACACGGAAGCCCAUUUUGAUGACCCUAAAAAUCUAAGGAUGGUGUUUUACAUAAGGGAUAACAUUGAUAGUCGGAUAAAAUGUGUGGCAUCUGGUGAUAAUGCAUAUGCCUUCUGGGAUGCUCUUGAAAACAUGAGAGGUCGUGGACAUGUGAUUGUGGUUCUUAAGAUGUGGAGGGUCUAA